UUACGAUGUUCGCAGAGCCCAAGGUCGAGCAGACUUCAUCGGAAGCAGACAGUGAGUUGUCCUCACACGCUAUCCCAUACCACACAGUGUUACCAGCCACAGCUAUACAAAUAUCGAGCGGGGAAGGUGGACAGGGCAUCCAUACCCUUACGAUGACAAAUGCCACAGCGGGUGGCGCAAUUGUACAGUACUCUCCAGGACAGGAAUUCUUUGUGCCUGUUGUAGCCCAAGGAGGUAACCUCAGUUCGGGCGGCAACGAAGACCAAGCGAGGAAGCGCGAAAUGCGACUGCUCAAGAACAGGGAGGCAGCGGCGGGAAUCCACCUGACUUGUGGAUGGCAGAUUUUUGAGUCGAUAGUUACCAAGUUGACGAAGAUACCAAUAGCCCAAACUAUAGCUGAGAUGGGAGUAUACCAUUGGUGUUUUACCACAAAACACGGGUUUAAGAGAAUCACCAUUUGGGACAUUAACGAACUACAUCCCACCAGAUCUGUUCAAAUAACUAGUGUUUCUAUGGAUUUAUAG